GUAUUGGUUUGGCAGUAAUGGUCGGUUAGGGGAGCUUGGUCCGCGGAUGGGCCGUAUCAUUUUGCGUUAUAGCUUCAUAACUUUAGUUUAUAUCCCGGGCCCUACUUGUUGAUUGUCCUCAAAUAGUGCUGCGAUGCUUGUAAACUCGGCAAAGAGUGGAAUGCAACUUAACCCGACCUCUGGCCAGCUGAUCGGUGGCCUCAACUCCCUGAAUGACCUCGGCUCGACGCUCGAGUCACGUGUGACCUUGACCGAGGGUCAGGCGCCGACCUCCGGCCAGAAGCAGAAGCGGCACCGCACGCGGUUCACGCCGGCGCAGCUGUCCGCCCUGGAGAGCCACUUCGCGCGCACACACUACCCAGAUGUGUUCCUGAGGGAAGAGAUCGCUUCACGCACCGGUCUAACAGAGGCGCGCGUUCAGGUCUGGUUCCAGAACCGGCGCGCCAAGUGGAAGAAGCGCCGCUCCAGCGGCGGCGGGCUGCGGCCGCAGGUCGGACUGAUGACCUCACCCCUCGGCUCCGGGUGGGGCAUCGGAGACGGCUUCUCCGGCGGAGAGACCCGCUGGUCGCUCGGCGCAGGAAUGUCUGUGGGCUCGGCGCCGCUGGGCCUGGGCCGCAGCUCAGUUGGCCAGCUGGGGCCUCCUCCAUCCCAGAUGGGCGUCUCGGGCCCUCUGAGUCAGAUGAACCAGGCCAUCAACUCAAUGACUGCCGUGGCCAUGCCCAACACGGGCUAUCACACCCAGUACGGCCUGAACCCGCUCGCGGUGACCAGCUGCGGCAUGGCCACUCCUUCCUCGGUGGCGGGGGCGGCCACCUCGGUGGCGGCGCCGCCUACGCCGCCCAUGGAGCCGCCCCCGCCCGGGGCCGUCAUGUCUGGCCUCUACUUCAACGGCGACAGCUACAGCGACGUCCGACGGCGCAUCUUCGAGAACUCCACGCUGGGCCAGAGGCCGUGCGACUCACAGCAACUGUGACAACCAGCCGGCGGCGGCGGCGGAGGGCUCUGAGCGGCCGCCCCCGCCCCCGCCCCCGCCGCGACCGACCCGGCCGCCGCCCGGAGCUAAUCAAAAUGGCGGUCUGAGGAGUCCGCUGACCGCAGGAUGUUUGCGAGUGGACACUCUGAAUGGGUGCAUGGCUCCGGUCCGUGACAAUGUUCGUGAGUCGUGACUCACACGGUGACUCGAUCCGUGACUCGAGUCAUAAAGGGUCACAUCCGUGACGGUUCUGUGUGAUGUCCUGGGGUGCCGGAUGAGACAUUGGCACCCUAGAGUGGGACUGGGAUUCACUGGAACUGACCCCUGCGCUGUAUUCGAGCGUCGAUAUAUGUGUAUGCGCAGGAGAAUCGGCCCACAGCCCGCCCGAAUACUAGGCCGAGUCAGCCCCCCCCCCGCAUUUUCCAAGCUUGACGCUCCAUAGCUGCCCCCACAAGACGGCACCAGAUCAUAAGCCGGGGCUGGGUUCCGUCGGAGUCUCGAAUGACUGAUGAUGUUUCUCCGGGCCAGUCUGGGUGUUAUAAGUCGGGCCAGAAAACACCGAGUGUUCUGAGUUGCGCCGGCAGUCACCGAGUGUUCCGGGCCGCACCUCUGGUCACUUCAGGUGACCUAAGAUAUUCUGAGCCAUUCUGAGCCAAAUGCUGCAUCCAUCAGCGCCACAGUGCGAUGUGUCGCGGUGGUCAUUGGUUAACGUGGCGUGAGUUGACGCUGUAUGAUCGCUCGAUAAGCGGCGCUGAAGUCUGAACUGUUUUGAGGUCGAGAUCAGCCGACUGGGAUCUGACCCAUGCUCAGCGCCCAGCAUCACGGCAUGUAAAAAGGGGCGGCCCAGGCCAGCCAAAUCGUCCCUCUACAUCCCGCUACUCACUUUACGUAGCGCAAAGUGCAAUGUUUUGUUGUACCUGCUGCUUCAACAGGCAGUGAGACUCGAUGUACCUAAUAUGUGCGCGCGAGCGACUGCCCAAACUGCUGUAUAUGAGCCAGCUUUAGGUAGAUCAAUGUGCCCGUGUAUACCUGCAUGCUAUUCUUUACAUCAUCCAGAGAAGUAAUAAAUGUAAGUCUCCGUGUA